GCGACAGGUGGAGUAAAUGUGAAGACACAUUUGUGUGACAGAUAAAUCUACGAAUCAGACAUGGGGAAAACUGCAGCCUCGUCUGAGAAGGCAGCCAAUCGACGUUUGCAUUUGUUGGGGGUGGGGCUGAUCUUGCGGGUGGAAAUGACCAGAAACGAGUUUUGUUUUUUUACACAGCGCAUUGAAGGGGAUCGUAAUGGAUGUAGCAACGCUGAGUGGACAAGUGGAUAAUGAAUUAUUGCAGAUAUUUUAAGUAAUGCUAAUAAACUAGGAUGUAACCCACUUCAUUUUAACAGGGUUAAGGUAUUGAUGCUUUUACCCACUGAAGAUUCUUGAGAAUUAUUGAACGCACAGAAAAGAGUGUGAAGUUGCUUUUUCUGUUUUAAACUGCUCAUGUUUGAACUGAAUCUUCAAUAUGGGGAAUGGAUUAUCAGAACAGAGUCCAAUUUUGUCAAGUUUUCCAUCUUUUCAGGCUUUUCAUAUUGCUAUUCUGGGCUUGGACUGUGCAGGGAAAACCACAGUUUUGUAUCGACUACAGUUCAAUGAAUUUGUUAACACUGUCCCGACAAAAGGAUUUAACACGGAGAAGAUCAAAGUAACACUGGGAAGUUCCAGAACAGUGACUUUCCACUUCUGGGAUGUGGGCGGCCAAGAGAAGUUAAGACCUCUGUGGAAAUCAUACACACGAUGCACUGAUGGCAUCAUUUUUGUAGUAGACUCUGUGGAUGCAGAAAGGAUGGAAGAAGUCAAAACAGAAUUGCAUAAAAUAACAAAGAUAUCUGAAAACCAAGGCGUGCCCAUUCUAGUAAUCGCGAACAAACAGGACCUAAGGAAUUCAUUAACUCUUUCAGAGAUUGAAAAAAUGUUAGCACUACGUGAACUAAGUUCCUCCACCCCUUGGCACCUGCAACCCACAUGUGCAAUCAUAGGGGAUGGACUCAGAGAAGGACUGGAGAAACUUUAUGAAAUGAUUAUAAAACGGAGAAAGAUGUUAAGGCAGCAGAAAAAGAAGAGAUGAUUCCCAGGAAACAAACUGCAGUUUGCAAGUGAAGCUGUAUUUCUGAUGGUGUUAUUUGCCAAAUGUGGAUCCAGGGUCACUGUUUUUGUCAGUUGACUGAAGUCAUGCCCGCAAUUAAUGGUUGCAGCUAAAGCUCAGUUCAGUGCUGUGCAAGUUGUAUAGAUGCAUGAAAGCUGUCCAGAAACUGUUAGUUCUACUCAUUAUCAUUAGCUCAUAGAACAAAUACUGUCAGGAACCAUUUUAGAAAAUAUGAAGGUUAUACAUGAAAGCAUUAAACAAUAUACCUGUUGAGUGUUUCAUUAGAUGGAAAGAAUGUUAUUUUCAAAUAAGGCCGAAUUGAAAAAGUAAAAGGUGAAGGUAUAGUGGUCCUAUUUUAUGAGGACAAAAAGCUUGACACUUUUUUUUUUGUGUGUGUUGAUUCUCUUUCAAAUUAAUAUGCCUUUUGACUUCUCACUGAGCACUGGUAUCUACCAGAAGCCCUCGUUAUUGAUUAUUAAAAAGCCUUGCUGCUACCCAUUGAUCAUUAGAUCAUUUAAAUAGAUAGUAUAUUGACACAUUUGUGUGUCUGUUGUGAGAUUUUUUUUGGAAUUGUAUGAAUCCAUAAUAAAAACUUUGAAUGAGAAUCGUAUUUUUCUGAAGCUAAAGGUACAGGUAUAAGGUAAAUCUGAAGGGAUAAAACAGCAGACAUUUUUUAUUUAUUUUUUUUUUUAUGGUUCUAUUUUAUUUUUAACAAGGUCAAUAUUCCUAGCUGCAAAUAAAGCGCAUACAUUCUCCUGAUUACUAGGUAACAGACUGGUCUUUUGCAAUACAAAGUUGUACUAAACUGGACUUUUGGCCACUGUGGGUGUAAAAAGCUAAAAUAGUUCCAUGCUGUAUCCUUUUCUAACUGAGCUGAUCAAUAAAAGGGGGUGUAAGUCUUAACCAAUUAACAUAUCAAUAUACUUAUUUUUUAAAAAGCAAAGCAAAAGUACAGCUACUUGGUUUUUGCUUACAAAAAUCUAUUCCUAUUUGACUACCUGACGUUGAGCCAUGAAAAUUGUGCUUAAUGAAGUUUUAUUUGUACUUAAACAUACUUUACGUGCUAAUUGCUUUUCUGUUUAUGCUUUCACCCUGUGUAUUUCCACUUGCUUCCUUCAGAAAUGGAUUAGGACGGGUAUUGUACUGCUCAUUCUCAAGAUGGUUUAUUUGUACGCCUGUACCCAUUCAAAACAGCUGUAUUGUAAAUAUGCUUCCACAUAGGAUGACAAUACGCGAAAUAAAGAAUACAAGGCAAAUGCGUAUGUGUACUACAGCAGACAAGAAGUGUAAGCCGCUAAAGUUUAAUUUCACUCUUAGGAGGAGCUGCCCGGGUUUACGAAGAGUGCAAACAAUGUACAAGAUGAGAUGUCUUUGUUCAAGUUACUUGGUUUAUUCAGUAACCUGUAAAUAAUAAUAAAAAAAGUAAACAUACCAGGUUGUACUUUUAUGGUCAGUGCAAAUGUUGACGUUACUCCAUCCAUUCACAGAAAGUUAACAGAUGUUGUACAUUGUACUGCAGUCCACAGAGUUAAAAAAAAUAAAUAAAUAAAUAAAACUACUUCCACGCUGUUUUCUUGGUCGUUGCGAUGUUCUGCUUAGCAUUUAGUAUAUCUUUAUAUUCAACAUAUAGCUAAAUUAGGGUUCUAAUUUCAAUUUUAAUAAAGUUAGGCUUCCUUUUUAGUACUUGCUACUUCUAUUUGUUUACAAAUUUAAAGUUAGCCGGGGCCGUGCUCCCGGAAGCUGUUUCACGACUGCCUAGCAACAGCGGCUGUGUACAGCCAUUACAGGGUAACUCAAGCGCGGGAUCUGUUAACAUUAGCUGAAAGCAAGGCACCAAAAUUACAAUAAUUUCAAACAGAAUACGUUUUUCUGUAGAAUUUUACUGUUACAAGCAUUGCAUGAUUAAUUAGGGUCCUUAUGUUUAAUACGCCUCAUUCACAUGAACUCACAGGGUUUAACACUGAUUUUGAACACUAGUCAAGCGUCAGCAUUAAAAAAAAAACAAAAAAAUGUGUUUGCUUCUACUAGCAGCUAACAUAAGUCUUUUUUUGUGUGUGUACUUGAAUAUGUAAUGUGCUAUUCGAUUAGUUUUUUUUUAAUUAAUUUUUAUUAUUAUUUUCGUGUAAUCAUGUAUGCGACUACACUGACCCAUCCCUACUUCCACAUUCUACAAAGAUAUUAACAAUGCACUUAGUGCUCUGUUUUCUCCAUAGUAACCAUUUAUAUAGAGUAUGAUCAUUUGUAUUUAAAGAGCUUGUGUAAGAUGUAUAAAUUAGUUAUAUGUUGCUACCACCUGCACUAGUGGCAUUGAAGUCACUGAAUGAGUAAUGUUUAUAUUUAUAUAAAUUAGAAAAAAAAAGUUGAAUCUUAAUAAACAACUAUACAAAUAAA